AUGGCGGAAAAGCCAAAAGAUGAUACUGUUGCUGAAGGAGAAGAACCGGAAGAGGAAUUCACUGUAGAAAAGGUGGUCGACUCCAGAAUGCGGGGAGGGAAAAAAGAAUACUUGUUGAAAUGGAAAGGCUAUCCAGACUCAGAAAAUACCUGGGAGCCCGAGGAGAACCUCGACUGUCCGGAUCUGAUUGCAGCCUAUGAGGAUAAGAAGAAAAAGAAAGAUUACUUUGAAGAAGGUUCCGAACACCCUUCGGAUUUAGAAGCAGAUAACAAACCACGAGGGUUUGAUCGCGGCCUAGCACCAGAAAGGAUUAUUGGAGCAACAGAUAGCAGUGGAGAGCUUAUGUUUCUUAUGAAAUGGAAGGACAGCGAUGAAGCAGACUUGGUUCCAGCCAGACAGGCCAACAUCAAGUGUCCACAAAUCGUUAUAGCAUUUUAUGAGGAGCGCCUUACCUGGCACACACACAAUGAUAAUGAGGAUGAUGAUAAGAAAGGCGAUUGA